UCUGCGAGCUAUUUUGCUUAUGCGAGAUCAUUCCUACAACACCACUACACGGGAGCUGCGUCAUUCUUCUUAAUUUUUACAGGAAGGGAGUGACCAGCGACGCAUUAACGAUGAGCUACACGAGGGAGAGCGUCAUGGCCCUAACGCAGGAGAAGCAGAAGCUGGAACAAACAAUACAGGAGUUAUGGGACGUGUUAAAGACGAACAAUGUGGGAAUGACUGAGCCUCUCAUCGACUCCGAGGGUUACCCGCGCUCAGAUAUUGAUGUCUACCAAGUGCGUCACGCUCGCCACCAGAUUAAGUGCCUUCAGAAUGACCACACAGCUCUCCUAAAACGCAUUGAGGAGGGGCUGGCUGUGGUGCUCAGUCCAUCUGCCUCCGCCAACAACCUUGACCCCAAUGGCACUAACGCUCCCCCGCCCCAGCCACCGCUUGAGCCCUUCGCCAAGGUGGACCACGUCAUGACUGGCUCACCUGCUAACCUGGCUGGCCUUAAGGAAGGCGAUCUCCUGACCAAGUUUGGCUCAGUUAGCGCAGACAACUUCCGCAGCCUGACAGAUGUGUCCCAAGUGGUGCAGCACUCGGUCAACUCGGCCAUACAGGUGUGUGUGCAGCGCCGUGGGGACAACGUGUCCCUCACCCUCACACCCCGCCAGUGGUCUGGAAGGGGACUCUUGGGGUGCAACCUACUCCCAUACGAACGACUUGACCGAUAAGACCAGUCAGAAGACAUCUACUGACAGAAUAACCUGCCAAAGGUGACUCACUCCAGACUCACAGGUGGCUUAACUCUUGCUUUGGAAUGUUAGAUGUUAUAUGAGGAGAGUGAGUUAUAUGAUAAGUGUUAAAAAGAAUAUGAAGUCGAUUCUUCUGUAAAUCAUGCUAGUUAGUGAGGGUGGAUUGAUGAGUGAAAAGUUUAUAUUCAGUUUAAGAAUAAACUAUAAUAGCUACAUCUUUGUCACUAGGUCAAGUAAGAAGAGAAAGGAGGAAGCUGAUGCAUCUAAAAAAAUAAUGAAUAACUUUUGGUGAUGUGGAGUGAAAAGUUUUAUAUUAUAUUAUAUUAUGAAAAAAAGUGAGAGGUUGAUGCCUCUGUAAAGGAUGUUACAAUGUUGAGAACAGUUAGAAGUUGAGUGCAUAUUAUAUUUUUUGUAUUAAUAGAUAGUUACUAGUGUUCAUAUUCUUUCUUGUUCGACACCAUGACUAACAUUUAGGAAAUCUGAAAGUUUUGUUGUUAGUCAUGAAACCUUAUUGUAACGGCUUAAAGCUCUCAUAGACUUUAAUCCGGUAGCAGCGGGGAUCACGUUUCUUAAUGGUCCCUCUAAGCGAGAAAAAUGAGAAAAAAUCACCCCUCACACAAACUAUUUCAUAAUAUAUAUCAAAGCAUUUGUGAUCAGAUUGUGUAUCAUCUAUUUUGAGGGGUUUAUAUCAUGGCACAAAUUUGGCCCAUCGCUGCUACAUGGUAAAGCCACAAAUUUGGCCCGUCGCCACUACCAGGUUAAUAAGACAUACAGAUUUGAGUAAAAAAAGUUUAGGAAUUGAGAGUUUUGGAUACAACUUUAAUGUCACUAAAUUUCUCAGCCUUCCAACAAAAAUGUCCAAGGAGCUCUGACAUGCGAGUGUUCAUUACAGUAACCGAGAAGCUCUUGUACUUCCUCUGAAUGAAGUGGACAACAAUGAUGACUGACUGUGCUCCUUUCCUUAACCUGACCGUGUAAUGUUGAUGCGAGUGUUCUUUUAUUUUCAGCGGAGAUGUGAAGCUCCAUUCUGUAUUUUUAAAGGCUCCAUGCAGUCUUAUGUGUACCAGUUAUAUUCCCCUUACAGCAGCUUGGUAUGUGGCUUUAUCUUCACGAGCAUCUACAUUCAAGCCUCGAACCACAAGUUAACUUUUUCCCCCCUCUUCCUCUCAAGUGUUCGAACUCAUCCUCUUCACAUGAUUAAUUUCCUUCCUUCCACAUCUCCUAAGCUCAGUCUGCCCUCCCUCUUUACAUCACUAAUAUACUCAAGGCCUAUUCUAUUUCAAAUAAUCUUCCAUCCUAAUCCCACCAAGCCUAUCAAUCACAGAUGCAUUACUGAUUCUCCUCACUAUUCUCAUUCUAUAUCAUGUAACCUAUGAACAUACUCCUUUCAUUUCUAGGUCUCAAUACAAAGCAUUAACAACCCAUGUAAAAAUAUUCCUUUUAUCAAAGAGAAAGCCACCUUGAUUUUAAUAUGGGUAACAGUUUACUACAGUUGUUUUCUUGGCUAUUAAUACAGUCUAAUGCAUCCAAUCUUAAUAAACAGUGGUUGAUA